AUGAGCGUCAUAUUGUGCACAGCUGGCUAUGACCAUACUAUUAGAUUCUGGGAAGCACUGUCAGGGAUAUGUUCAAGAACAAUCCAACAUCCGGAAUCACAAGUCAACAGACUAUGUAUCACACCAGACAAAAAGUACCUGGCGGCUGCGGGUCGUCAUAUGGUGCGUCUCUACGACAUCAAGUCCAGCAAUCCCAACCCUAUCAUGCAGUUCGAGGGCCACACGAACAAUGUGACUGGUGUCGCGUUUCACUGUGAAGGGAAGUGGAUGGUCACUAGUUCUGAAGACUGCACACUUGUCCCUGUGGAAGACAUUUCCAUGGCCAGCGUGAGCGUUGCGAGCGAUGGCUCUCUACUGGCUGCGGGAAACAAUCUGGGCGACGUCUACAUCUGGCGCGUAUACCAAAACCACGACUCAACCACCCUUCUCCCUUGCCGCGCAUUCAAGGCCCACAAGGAUUACCUCACGCGCCUUCUUCUGUCCCCAGAUAUAAAAUACCUUGCGACAUGUAGCUCCGACCACACCGUGCGCGUCUGGAAGAUCGACAUGAACGAGGAACAUUUGGAAGAUCUCAAUGAACCCCAGAAUCCACCAAUAUCACAGCAACAGCAAGAAGCGCCAGCAAAGCAAACAGGACCACUCCCAAACAAUCCCAACACAAUCACACUCUCGCACUCGCAACCAUCCCUGCCGAGUGCCGAAAAUGACAAGCACACCGACUCCUCCCCAGACCCGAAACUGUCCCACUCCACCCCUUCUCUCGCCUCGACUGCUUCCCAACAAUUCCGCCCCACCACAGACCUCAUCUCCCUCCGCCGUCCGCUCCCUUGUCACGCCAUAUUGGACAUCCACCAACGCUGGGUCUGGGAUUGUGCCUUCAGCGCUGACUCCGCGUAUCUUGUCACUGUCUGCUCCGACCACUACGCUCGCCUCUGGGAGAUCCUUACGGGGAAGAUCAUCAGGCAGUAUAGCGGCCAUCACAGGGGCGCGGUCUGUGUCGCGUUGAAUGACUACAGCAAUCCGCCUUAG